AAUACACGGGAGUGCAGGACAUGCAGUGAUUUAAAACACUCAGCAGUACUACAGACUAUGCACAUGUAGGGCAGCGCACGCCACUUCACACAGUUACGUUAGGAGAGUUGCUUGAUUGUAUUCGGCUGAUUGCUGACCAAACGAACAUUUACACCCCUACACCUACAACACGUUCCUUACCAGCUACAACUCAAAAUGUCACUCUCCGAGAAAGAGAUAGAAGGCUUCCGAGCGAAUUUAGAACAAGUGCAAUACGCACUAGAGGCAGAUCCGGAAAAUGCUGAGCUUCUCAAGCUACAGAGAGAUUUAACACAGCUACUGAGUCUGGCCCAUGACGGAACACCUGCUGAACCUCAAG